AUGGCACUGCGCAAGAAGAGCACCGCAAACAAGGAGAAACAGGAAGAAAGAGCUGGAAGGAACACGAUGUUUGAGUCACAACGAGACAUCCGCGAAAGAAAAGCCAACCCUGCUCUACAGUCGCAGCCCAUGAAUAAGUUGGCACCUCAGCCAGUGAAGCGUCACUCCAAGCCCAAGACUCGUGUCCAGUUCUCUCCAGUUAUGGAGUCCAAAGCAGGCUAUCAGUCUCACAAUGAACGACCUGUUAAUAUAAGUCUACACCUCGCCAAACCCGGGCCGCCAGAUCCGCACAACGUGUGGCUGCAUCUGACCACUUCCGAUGACAACGAAGGUGCGAAGCCUGAUGAGGAUGGGGAUGGUAAUGGGGAAUGUGAUGACAGUGACGAGGAUGGUGAUGAAAGUGUGAGGCCUGAUGGUGACGAUAUCGAUGAAGAUAUGAGGUCCGAUGGAGAGGAGCACGACAUCAACCAAACAAUGAUGUACGAUCAGGAGGGCAGCAGGGCCAACUGGGAUGACGAGAUGAAUGAUCAAUCACAAUCAUCUCCUGACUUGGAUGUAACUAGACCAGGAACACCCGAAGUCGAUGACCCCCGCCUUUGCAAAUGCAGAUUAACACCAGAAGGAUAUCACACUGACGCAGAUGAGGAACAGCGCACACACCUCCUCCAGGACCUCGCAAGAACCAACGUAGGAUGCCAUUGGCUCCAGCCACUAACUGCAAUGUUGUCUAUCGACUCUCCAAUCGUGCUCGGCCUAAUGUACCACCCAUCCAACCAUCGUCAACAGGACGACCGUCGUGUCCAGUCUGAAGAGCAGCCUUCCAACCGUCACAACCGUCGCAGUUGUGCUCAGUCAGAAGCGCAACCGUCUGAUCGUCGUCAACACAGUGAUGUCCUCCUUCGGCAUCAAGAAAGGAAUGGGCGUCCUAGGUCCCCCAAUCUGGACUAUUUGCAAGACCUUCGCCAACGAGGUCAGGACCGUAUUGAAGAAGGCGAGGAAGAUGAAGAAGAGCAAACUGAGAAGGAUGACCACAGUGAUGAUGACGAUGAAGUCCAGCCUGCAACGAACAACCGCAAAUGGUCAAACGGCCCCAUCCCAACACAACUUCGGUCUUACCCGCCGGUGUACAAGGACUUACUGGAGAAGGCAAAGAAGCGGUCUAGGCUUGAAUCCCUCGAUAAUUCAUUCCCUCAUCAACUACACGAUCAGUUUGCUGCAGAAGGUCGCGGCGUGGAGGAAGGCUAUUGGGAGAGGCACAAGCAUGAUAUGGCUAUCAUAUUAUGGGAUGAUUUAGGAAAAAUGCACUCAGAGUUCAAGAAAGCAGCACACCCGAUUGUUCAAAGCCGGUAUGAGCUUUUCCGCCAAGCUGAUGAAUGUGAAUACAAUGAUGACGCUGUGGAAUACAUCCAUAAUGGUAUAAAGGAACUUCUGGACGGGGGGAGGUUCCUACGAGGCAGACUGGAUGCUCAGGGCCGCACCGAUAACCUCGCACAUGUCGCACUGGAGAUCUCUGCAAGAUAUUCUGUACCUAAAGGUGCAGUAGCACUUGCUGCCACAAUUCUGGCUGCAGCACUUGACAAAUACAAGACGGGUGUUUGGCACACGGAAAAGUUGCAUGUCAAUACAUACCGUCCCGUUCAUGAAGGUAUCCUGAACUUGAUGGACCAGAUCGAAAGCGACUGCUACCAUGAAUCUAAGUGCCGUGGGUUUAGGCGUCGAUGGGCAAAGGGCUGCUAG